AGAGAUCUUUGAUAGCAUCACUUACUGAUCCAACAUUCGUGAGAUAGCUUGUGAGAAAAAAAAAUAUUCGCAAUGAAAUUGUUCAUCUUAGCUGUUUUCAUCGCUUAUUCAAGCGCGGCGAAGCUCAACAGAGCGUACCUCCCACCAAAUUACGCCCAAACAUCUGGCGGAUCUGGAGAUUUCCUUCAAACACCUCUAUCUAACCCUACGUCAUUCAACAAUUUACAAGGAAACGAUGGAUUCAUUCCUAAAGAUACAAUUGCUCAAUUUGGCAAUGAGUACACUAUUGGAAACACAGCCAAUGGUCGUCAAAACGAUGCCUUUGGUUAUACACGUGCUGAACGACCAAGAGCUGCUUUAGAAAGAAAUGCAGCUAUACUUCGUCAAGCCAAUGAGAACGACGGUGAAAGAUAUUCUUAUGCUUUUGAAACUGAAAAUGGUAUAAUUGCUGAAGAAAAUGGAGUAGCAACGAACGGUGUUGAAGCACAGGGCGGGUACUCGUACACUGGUGACGAUGGACAGGUUUACAGCGUUAGAUACACAGCUGGUCAGAAUGGUUUCGUGCCUGAAGGUGACCAUCUCCCCACCCCUCCCCCGAUCCCGCAAGAGAUCCAGUUGGCUCUGGAACAAAACGCCCGCGAUGAAGCUGCAGGAAUCUAUGACGACGGCUCUUACAAUGAAAAUAAAUACGGCAAUGACAACGGCUACGCAACUCCCAACUUGGUCCUGCCAAUUUCUAACAUCAAUAACGAAGAUUCAAUUGUCGUCAAUUCCGCUACCAACACUGAUGCUUUCCAACCUGGAUUCGGUAGACAAAACCAAGAGUCGGUAUUUAACCAGCAAAAUGGAAUAAACAAGGCUUAUCUACCUCCUAUUUCUGAGCAAAGGUCUUCAGGAAAACUCGGAGGCUUCGGCAUCAGGAAUCGCCAGCCCACUUUCAACUCUAGAAAUGGAUACAAUUAUUAAACGAUUUGAUUUUACGUGAAACUAUAAAUAUAUUUAU